UCCGCCCCUCCCUCAGCCUGAAGCCCAGGUGGGCCACUGGCCAGGUGAGGCCCUGUGUGCCUUUCCUAGCCUAGCGCUACCCUCCUGAGGCCAGCCUUGCCCCAACCUGAAGCUUGGUCUCCACUGGGGGGCCACAUGGCCUAGUGAAUGACCAGCCAGGCUUCCCCAGAGGAGGCUAGGCCUCCAAGGCCCGGGCCAAAGAGCUUCCUGCUCACAGAGAUGAGGAAUGCAUCAGGGUUUCUGAAGACAGCUGGAGCCCCCCUUGUGUCAGCGACCUGGCUUCCGCCCAGCCCCCCUCCGGCAAUGCCCAUGGUGGCAGCCGGGCCACAGAUGGAGCGCGUGGACAACGGCUCGCAGGGGGCCCCCCAGCUCUUCCUCACCAGCGCAUUGGCCCGAGGCGUUUCAGGCGUAUUUGUAUGGACUGCUCUGCUGCUAACCGGCCACCAGAUCUACUCCCACCUGCGUUCUUACACCGUCCCGCGAGAGCAGCGCUUCGUCAUCCGCCUCCUAUUCAUUGUGCCCAUCUACGCCUUCGACUCAUGGCUCAGCCUCCUCCUCCUGGGGGGCCAUCCUUACUACGUCUACUUCGACUCUGUGCGAGACUGCUACGAAGCAUUUGUCAUCUACAGUUUCCUGACCUUGUGCUUCCAAUAUCUGGGGGGCGAGAGCGCCAUCAUGGCUGAGAUCAGAGGCAAACCUAUCAGGUCCAGCUGCUUCUAUGGGACCUGCUGCCUCCGUGGUAUGUCCUACUCCAUCACUUUCUUACGCUUCUGCAAACAGGCCACACUCCAGUUCUGCAUUGUGAAACCCGUUAUGGCGCUGAUCACCAUCAUCCUCCAGGCUUUUGACAAAUACCACGAUGGCGACUUCAACAUCCACAGCGGCUACCUGUACGUGACCCUCGUGUACAACGCCUCUGUUAGCCUGGCUCUCUACGCUCUGUUCCUUUUCUACUUCGCUACCAGGGACCUCCUGAGACCAUUCGAGCCAGUACUCAAGUUCCUCACCAUCAAAGCCAUCAUCUUCCUCUCCUUCUGGCAAGGAAUGCUGUUGGCCAUCUUGGAGAGGUGUGGGGUCAUCCCUGAGGUCCAGGCCGUGGACGGCACCAGGGUUGGGGCUGGUACCCUAGCCGCUGGCUACCAGAAUUUCCUCAUCUGUAUUGAGAUGCUGUUUGCCUCCCUUGCGCUGCGUUACGCCUUCCCCAGCCAGGUGUAUUCAGAAAAGAAGAACUCACCAGCCCCACCAGCUCCUAUGCAAAGCAUAUCCAGUGGCUUAAAGGAGACCAUCAGCCCACAGGACAUUGUCCAGGAUGCCAUUCACAACUUCUCACCAGCCUACCAGCAGUAUACACAGCAGUCUACACAUGAAGCCCCUGGGCCUGGCCAGGGCGGGCACCCAUCGCCCAGCACCCACCCUGGCCCAGCCAGUGGCUCUGGAGGUGGUAAGAAGAGUCGCAACAUAGAGAAACGCAUGCUGAUCCCCUCAGAGGACCUGUAGGGCGUGGGGUGUGUGGAGCCUAGCUGGGGUCCAGCUUGCCUAGGUUUCUAGGGUGGGCAAACGGGGUCCCCACCUACCAGCAUCUAUGGACAGAGGCCCAGCCUCUCCUGAGAGCCUCACUGUGGUGCUCACAGGGCCUCUCUAUUCCAUGUACAGCCCAGAGUGAAGUCACCUGGGCGAAUUGGACAAACCCAAGGACCCAAUGGGAUGUCUUAUUACAGCCUGCAGGUGGAGCGGUGGGUUGGCCAUUCCCUCCGUGGACAGAAGAGACAGGUGGUUAAAUCUUAAGCUGUGCAGUGACAGACAGGGAUGGCCAGGCAAGAUUGGGCCCAGCCACCGAAGGCUAGGGAGUCAUGUAGCCAGGGCCUAGCUGUGGCUAUCUUGGGUGCGUGAAGAAGACCCCUUGCCCUUGCAUUUUAAUAUAGGUGUUUGGCGAAGCUCUUGCAGGGACAGCCUCGCCUAUUUAGUACAACAGAGUUGCCAGUGUGCCAGCCUGCCAGCUACUAGCUUCUUAUUUAUAGAUAAACACCUUGCAUUUUUCUA